UAUUUAUUUUUAUUUUUUCACAAUCCACCAUUCAAAGACCGUACUACUUUGUUUUAACUUCUGUUGCUUGUUUUGUUUCUGCUUGCUCAAAUCUUAAAGGGUCUGUGCAAGUUUGGUGGGUUUCGAAUUUGAUGCCUCUUCGUGAUUCGAAAGCUUUGCUUGUAGCUGUUUAGGCUUUGGCUCUAAUGGGUUCAAGGCCACGUUCUCUAGGUGCUAACUUGGAUUCUCCUAAUCCAAUUUUCGAAAGAAACCACCUUUUAGAAGAAAGAGGCCUCCUAUAUCAUGAGUCAAGCGGGGCAGUAGAACAGGUCUCUAGUCCAGUGAGAAGAGAAGUAGUUAACAGGUCAUUAUCAAGCAUGAAGUCUCUUGAAAGUGAUGAAAGUGACCUGGAGGGUGGUAAAUUGGAAAAAGAGAGAGAUAAAACAAUACGUAACAACAGGGCAGUUAAAAUACAAAAUCAGGCCUUAUUGUCUGGCCUUGCGUAUUGUGUUUCCUCUUGCAGCAUGAUACUGGUUAACAAGUUUGUGCUUUCGGGAUACAAAUUUAACGCUGGAAUAUCUUUGAUGCUGUACCAGAAUUUUAUUUCAGUGAUUAUUGUGUCUACGUUGAGUGUUAUGGGGGUAAUAUCAACAGAACCACUAACAUGGAAGCUGAUUAAAGUCUGGUUACCUGUAAAUGUUAUAUUUGUUGGGAUGCUCAUUACAAGCAUGUUUAGUUUGAAAUACAUUAAUGUUGCUAUGGUCACAGUACUGAAGAAUGUUACUAAUGUAAUCACUGCACUUGGUGAGAUGUAUUUGUUCGAGAAGCAUCAUGACAACAGAGUCUGGGCUGCUUUAUUUCUAAUGAUCAUUUCGGCAAUUUCUGGAGGGAUUACUGAUCUAUCUUUUCAUGCUAUUGGGUACACAUGGCAGAUUAUAAACUGUUUCUUAACCGCAUCAUAUUCUCUAACACUACGUCGGGUCAUGGAUACUGCCAAGCAACAAACAAAGUCUGGAAACUUAAAUGAGUUUUCAAUGGUCUUGCUAAAUAACAUCCUUUCCUUGCCCCUGGGGAUUCUUCUUGCUUAUAUAUUUAAUGAAGUUGAUUAUCUAUCCAGAACACCACUUUUGAGGUUGCCUAGCUUCUGGUUAGUAAUGACACUAAGUGGUUUUCUAGGUCUAGCAAUCAGCUUCACUUCUAUGUGGUUUCUUCAUCAAACUGGUGCCACCACAUACAGCUUAGUGGGGUCUCUGAAUAAAAUCCCUCUAUCUGUUGCCGGCAUUCUUCUUUUCAAAGUCCCUACCAGUUUGGAAAACUCUGCUAGCAUCUUUUUUGGUCUUCUAGCUGGAGUCUUUUUCGCCAGAGCCAAAAUGCGGGAGAAAUCUCAGGGACAGUAAUUAUUGAAGGCUUUGUAUCUCAACCUGGGUUGAAUAGGCUAGUAGUUUUUUGGCUUUGGUAAUUUGCUUCAGGCAACAUGAUUAUUCUUUGAUGUUGUACCAUCUAUAUAAUAUUCUGUAAAAUCCAGAGAGUCACAUGGCAGUUUUGAUUGAGAGAUUGAGGUGUGCUAGCUAUGAAACUGGAAAAUGGGAUGAAUAUUGGAUUGUGUCGAGCAUCCGAUUUUGUUAUAUUGAAAGAAAAGAUAGUGCCACUGAUUUUUUCCCACCUUUGUAUCAUAUUGGGGCACAGAUUUUUCUCGUGUAACAUUGUGUUAUAGUCAGAAAUGCUUCUUCUUGUGUAGUGCAUGCCUGGACUUGCAAUGUAAGGAUAGAAAUGAAUACGAAGUGACGUUUUGUGUUUUUUGAGUAAUA